ACUGUAUGCCAGCACAGUCCGUCUGGGUGUUGGCCCGCUUUGCCUAGAGGCGCGCAGGCUGCAAGUGGUCGCUCUUGCUGUAUGAUACUGCAUUUAUUGCCACAUAUAGCGUAGGCCACGCCUGUUACGCGCGACUGGUGCCAGGCAGGGCGUUCAUACCCAGGAGCUGCUGCGCCUGAAUGGCACAACUCCGAAGAUUGCUAUCUUGCUUUCAGCCUUCUAGUGACAUCGGUCAACGUCCAGGCCAGAGGCCAGAGCACGAUGGGAAUGGUUCCCGGACAGGAGACCGAGCCAGCACAACACGAAACUUACAGCCGGCACUGCAGCAGGUCCCUUGUAAAGGACCAGGGGCAGGCCCUUUGCAGGCGGCAGCUCGCUCGCCCAACGGACCCCAACGGCCAUGCGAACACUCGAGUGCCGGUUUCGCUGCGCGCGACUGCGUGGCGGUCCAUGCAUGCAACAUGGAGCAAAUAUUGAUUUCUCAAGCUGUCAGGCUGCCUCAGAGCAACGGAGCCGAGGCGGGGCCCGAAACCAAUUGCCUGAAGGCCGGGCGCCAGGACACUUCUCCCGCCAGUGGGCUCGGUCAGUCCUCUCGGCCACGCGUAGGACCACUCAAGGCUGAAGCCAACACGCGAAAUGAUGAAUCGGACUGCACGCCGGGGGGCACGGCGACAACGCUGGACGCCGCCAGUCCGCCGAGCACGCCGUUCGUGCCCUGUCUAUUCCGCUCUACAACGUCAUGUUCGCCUGUGCGUGUUGCGUUUUUUCCAGCACGUCAAUUCCACGUGGCCAUGCACAGCGCCGACGUCCGCGCGUCAGAGUCAGCGGCCUCCUCGGGUGCCAGUGGUUACGGAGCCCAAGCCGAGCACCAGGUCUCGCCUGGCUGCUUCAGCCGUACGCAGCACCAGCAGCACAUGCAGCAGUACCGUACCCUGGCGUCAUCCGCUGUAGUACCGCGGCCACGGAAGGCGCACAGCAGCCUCAGCAGUCGCAGCAAGCACCCGUCCAGCCGCCAGAGGCCACUCAGUAGCCACUUCAGCGCUGAGGCUGAGGCGAGCUCUUAUGAAGCUGCUGCUGGAGCCCAGGCGUGUCCAGCUCUUGCCGUCAACAGCGAGCCACGCCGUAACAGCGACGGCUCCAGCACCGGUGGAGGGAUGCUACUCGGAGUGCCAGUGGCGGUGGCAGCAGUGCCUGAUGCGCAAGUUCCUGCGUGCGUGCACUGCAGCAUAUGUGGCUGCUCGAAUGCCGUCGUCUCCAUCGCCACCGCUGCUGCCACCAUGAGAACGGCGGCCAGGCCGCCGCCGCCGCCGCACCUGCUGCUGCCCGCCCACCACCUGCCUCUGCAGCAGCCUCUGGGCUUCCAGAAGCAGCAGCAGCAGCAGCAGCAGCAGCAGCAGCAGCAGCAGCUGGGGUUACAUGGGGCGUGUGGGCCGCCGCCGGACUCCUCCUGUCUUCACGUUUUGCCGGGUGUCACGCACAGCAGCCAUCAUACCCAGCCUUGCCCGCAAGAACCACAAGCCGCUGGCUGCGGUAGGUGCUGUGCCGCCGCCGCCGCCGCCGCCGCCGCGCUCGGCUGCGGCGUCGCCACCACGGCGGCGGCGGCCGCCAGCAUUACAUUCAGCGCCAACACCAGCAGCAGCCGCGCCUCGAGCUUCGGCGGAGGCAUUACCAGCCCCGCCAUUAACACCACAACUAGCGCCAACAUCAGCUUUCAGCGGAAGAGCGCCUGUGCCGCCCUACGCGGCGGCUCGGUCGCGAUGGGCGCCGCGGGCACGGCAGGCACGGGCUUGAUUGACGCGGGCACGGGCGUGGGGUUGGGCAGCCUGCAGGCGCUGUCCACCGCCGCGCUGCUGCCGCAGGUGCACAGUGGCAGCAGGGCACAACAGCAACAUCAGCAGCAGCUGCAUGCGGUGUGUGUGGGAGCAGCAGCCGGCCCUCCUGGGGGUGGCAGGGCGCUAGCGGGCCCGCCUGCUGCUGCGCUGGCAGCAGGGCGCGUGGACGGCGUGGGCGGCGGUCUCGCAAGCGGGAUGAUGGCUGCAGGGGGGGAGGGCGGUGCCGGUGGCGCGGGGGGCGUGCUAGGCUACAGCCGCAGCAGCUAUCAUCAAUUGGGCGUAAUCGGCAGCAGCAGCGGAAACGUGAGCCUGCAACUACUGCUGCGGCAGCAGUCGCCGUCAGCCUCUCAGCCGCACCUGUACCCGCCAUCUGCGCGCGGCGGCAGGAGCUACCGCCGCGUCGGCACCGGCAGCCUUCCCAGUCCCUUUGACAUGGCUGCCGCCGGCGGGAUGCCGGUGGCAUUGGCCAUGGCUCUGGGCGGUGGCGGCGGGGGCGGUGGCGGGGGCGGGGGCGGGGGCGGCGACGGAGCGGUGGCUGCUGCAUCGGCCGGCUUCGCUCUGUCUGGUGGCGGCCAGCGAAUGCUGCACUGUUUUUCUCCCAGCACCUCCGGCCCCGCAGACGCCAUGGGCCGGCCCUUCGACCUCACCAUGGGCUCCUCCAUGUUCUCCACGGGCUGGGGCGGCGCGUCCGUCUGCGGCGACCCCGGCAGCUACUGCGCCGGCGGUGGCACCUGCGGCGGUGCCGGCGGUGUAGACCAGCAGGAUCGCCGCCUGUGGGCAUCGGCGUCGCCCCGCGGGGCGUUCUCCUCCGCCUUCAUGCACACAGCAGUGCUGCCGGAGUCGGGCAGCUUCGAGGUCUGGGGGCACGAUCGCAGUCUGCUGCCGAGCGCCCUGCAGCCGCGCGCGCCCUGGACCGAGGCCUCGGCUCAUAGGGCCGCCGCCGCACACGCGCUGGCCGGGCUGGUGCCGCUGCCCGCCAUGACGCCGCUGCACCAGCAGCAGCUGCCGCUCCCGCUGCCGGCGCCGGCGGCGGCACCGGUGCCGCUGCCGCUGCCUCUGCCAGUCCUGAUGCCGAUGCCGAUACCGGUCAUGGCGCCAGGUAUGGGCGCGGCUGCUGCCCUUGGUGCGGCUGCGUCAAAGUCAAUGGCGUCUGCUGUGUGCGCCUCGGUCCAGAUGGGCGCGGCGGAAGCUAAUGUGCCCGCGGCCAUCGCCGCUGCCGCACCCGCUGCCCGCGCCGCUGCUGGCGCCCACGCAAGCCCGCAAGAUGCCGACAGCCGUCGCAGCAGUGGGAACCCCACCCCUCGAGGUCUGCAACGCACCCUCAGUGGCAGCACGGUGCAAGCCCGUCAGUCCUUUUUCGGCAUGCCUGCGACGGCCGUGGCGGUGGCGCCCUUGGGUGCAGCAGCUGGCGCCGCCGCCGACAACGGCCACAAGUCGAGCGCGUACCCUUCAUUCGAAAUCAGCCCCAUGUUUGGAGCCGAGAUGUUUGAGGUCGCAAGUUCGCCGCUGCUACAGGGCUUGGCGCAACAACGUUCACCUGCAGGCUCUGCCGCUGGCUUGAGCGGGCGCAAGCGUGCGAUUGGCGGUGCUCCUUAUGCUUGCGGAUACGGCAGCCCAGCCGGCGGCGGCGGCGCCAUGGCGGCGGCGGCGAAGGCUGCCAGGACAGCCGCGGCGGCAGUGGCGGCGGUGCUGGCGGAGGUGCAAACGGACCAGAUCCAGCUGCAUACGCCGGACCUUGAGUCUUGCUGGUCCGACCUGCGUGACCUCACCUUCAUUGGAUCUGGCGCCAGUGGCAACGUGUACGGCGGCACCUGGUGUGGGGUGCCUGUGGCUGUCAAGUUCAUGCUGAGUGGCGACCGCGACGAGCUGCAGCGCCAGCAGCGGGAGGCGGCGCUGUCGCGCAUGGCCUCGCACCCACACCUGGUACAGACGUAUGCUGUGGCCGCCGCGCAGCUGACGCCCGCGCACUUCAAUGCCUCCGCCAGCCCCUCCGAGCUGCAGCACCGCGCCAGCGGCCUCACCAACACCGACCUGCUCGGCACUUUUGCCGUCGGCGGCACGGCAGCAGAGUUGUACGGCACUGGCACGCUGUCACAAACCGUGUCAAUUGAGAUGGGGCGCCAGUCGCAGUCCAUGAUGGGGACGAUGGCGAGCGCGAUAGGGACGGGGCCGCCGCUGUCCGCGAUAGCCGCCGCGGUCGCGCCGGGCCGCGGCACCGGCGGCCCGGAGGAGUCUCCUGCCAAGAAGCGGCUCACGGCGGCUGGGGCGAUGCUGGCAGGGCUCGGGAGCAAGGCGGCGGCAGUGGCCGGGGCCGCGGCAGGGCGAGGCGGCCGGCCCAGCGCAGAGCAGCCGGCACCGGUGGGGACUGUGCUGCAUCCGUCCGGGUACGACCGCCUGUCGCCCGUGUCCCCUGCCGCCGCCGCGUCCAGCGGUGCGGCGGCAAGCGGCCUAGCCAGCGGCUCCCCAGCGGCGGCACUGCCCGCGCUGCGAGGGCUGGGAGCCAUGGGGGCAGUGGGGGCGGCUGCGGCGGCAGGGCAGCUGCAGGCCAGUGGUGGCAGGUCUCCAGCACCCAGCAACCCUAGCGGUGGCAGCUACGCCUGGAGGACGCCGAAUUGCCAUUGCCGCAAUACAGCCUCCUCGAGCCGCGUCUCAGGUGCCGGGGGGUCUUCCGAGGCGACGCCCUUCGCGCCGACGACGACGGUCCCGAGCAGCGCCAUCAGCACCGUGGAUGAGGAGACCGUUGCGGCCCAUAUGGAGACGGGCGCGAGCGCGGCCGGCAAGGGCGUGGCUCGCAGCGAUGACUCUUUUGACCUGGGGGCGGUGGAGCUGCGCGGCUGCGGCCCGCUGGCGUGUGUGCUGCAGAUGUCUGACGUCCUGGCACACAUCGGCGCGCUGCCGGGGCAGGGGCUCACCGUGGUCAUCAUGGAGGUGAUGGACCGCGGCUCGCUGCACCGCUGCAUCCACGGCGGCGGCAUCUUCACUCCCGGCACCUCCGCGCUGGAGAAGCGGCACCGCGUGCGCGGCAUGGUGCGGACGCUGGUGGAGGUGGCCCAGGGCAUGGCGCACCUGCACGCCAGCGGCCUUGUGCAUGGAGACCUCAAGCCAGCCAACGUGCUCCUCAAGAACGCCACACGCGACCUCCGCGGUUUCUCAGCCAAGGUGUCCGACUUCGGCGUGUCUCGGGCCCUGCCCGACGGCAAGUCCGCCACGGUGUCCGCUGAGGAGUGGGGCACCGUCAUCUACACCGCGCCUGAGGUCUUCAACGGCAGCAUCUGCGCGGCCUCCGACGUGUUCUUCUUCGGCGUGCUGACGUGGCACCUGACCACCGGCCGCCUGCCCCACGAGGACCUCAACCCCUUCGCAGUCAUGUUUGCGGUGGCCAAGGGGCAGCUGCAGCUCGAGUGGCCUGCAAACGUGCCGAAGCCACUCCGCAAGCUGGGUGAGCUGUGCAUGACGCACGACCCCUCAGAGCGCCCCACCUUCAACCUGAUCGUGCGGGCGCUCAUGAAGUUGGAGACACGCAUGCGGGAGGUGUCCGCAAGCAGUCCUGUGGCACUCGGGCUGCAGCAACAAGUCCGUAACGGAGGUGGAGGUGAAGGUGGUGGAGUUGGGGGUGGAGGUGGAGGUGCAGGUGGAGGUGGCUCCAUCCGCGCCGCCGCCUGUUGCUCAGCUACGUUGACGGCGGCCACGCUGCACCCCUCCGGACGCAGCUCACGCACUCAGCACUCAAUCUCCACUGGCGUCGCUUAGGGCAACGCACCUUGCCGGCAGCUGCAUCGGGAGCGUGUGCAAGGCCCCCACAGCACACGGCGGCUUCACAGCACGCACGGCAGCCCUACCCAAGCGGCCGGCACGGAUGGCAUGGCAGCUGCUGGGAAGGCCUGGCUGACGGGGCCUGGGUGGCGGGGCGGGCCCGCACGUGUAUCGCAGCCAGGUUGUACCGUGCGAUGGCCACCUCAGGCCUCGCACACUCAUCGUCCAUGUGAACCUGCUCGCAGCAUCGGCUGUCAUUGCCCUUUGCAGUACCGGCAUGCUUGAGUAGAGAAGUUAGUUGCCAUCACGCAUGUAGGUGCCCUUUAAGCAGUUGGGCGCAUCUGCGUCAGUUCUUAACUGAAUGGGGGUUUUGCUUUUCGCCCCGCCGUGCUGUGGACUUUGGAUUGGUGGACGGGCGAUGGGGCUUGCGUUGCCAUUGAUUGAUCUGCCGCACCUG